UUAAAGACAUCAGCGCUGCAGAGCUGCAUCACUACUUGUUGCUGCAGCUUCAGCACCAACAACACCUCAGAGGCACAGCUAGAGCAGGGAGAGACCGCACCUUCAGAUCACACCUUGUUUCUUAUCGGAGGGCAGAAAAAUGCGAGCUGCGUGUGUUUAUCCAUUUGUUGCCUGGAUGUUCUGCUCUCACCGGGCAGCUGCGGAACAAACGCUUAACGACUCCUCACUCCUCGGAGAGGAGAUGUUCUCACACACGGAGAGUUUACUGAAUGUUUCGGCCAAGUCGGGGAACCGGACUUCGGGUGUUUUCCUCCUGGACUUUGACGACGGGAUGCUGGAGGACUGGCGCGCCCUGGCCAAUAGGAGGAGCAGGGGGAAGGAGGCGCAGGAGUGCUGGGUCAAGGUGCUGCUGGUGGCCGCCUACUCUCUCAUCAUCGUGGUGUCUCUGUUCGGAAACACGCUGGUGUGCCAUGUGGUGGCCAAAAACAAGCGCACUCAGUCCUCCACCAGCUUAUUCAUCCUGAACCUGGCUGUGGCCGAUAUCUUCAUCACAGUGCUUAACACACCGUUCACUCUGGUCCGCUUUGUGCACAGGACCUGGGUGUUUGGGAGGACAAUGUGUCACAUCAGUCGCUUUGUACAGUAUUGCUCUCUGCACGUGUCCACUCUGACUCUCACCGCCAUCGCUCUGGACAGGAGACAGGUGAUACUGCAUCCCCUCAGACCUCGGAUGACCCCAGCACAGGGCGGUCUUUGGGUGGCUGUUAUCUGGAUAAUGGCCAGCUGCUUUUCCCUACCACAUGCAAUCUACCAAAAACUUCUGACUUUCACCCACAGCCCAGAAAUGGAGCGCAGCCUUUGUGUCCCAGAUUUCCCUGAGCCAUCAGAUGUCUACUGGCAGUACAUUGAUCUCCUGACCUUCAUUCUGCUGUACAUGCUGCCGCUCCUCAUCAUCACUGCAUCCUACACCACGGUGGCUCGCAGGCUGUGGCGCCACAACGCCAUUGGCGACACGACGACAGCUCAGCACGCCACCCAGAGGAGGAAGCGGCGGAGAACCUUGGCCAUGCUGCUCCUGGUGGUCGGGGUGUUUGCUAUCUGCUGGUUUCCACUCAAUUGCUACGUGGUGCUGCUGUCCAGUCAGGCCAUCCGCUCCUCAAACGCCCUCUUCUUCUGCUUUCACUGGCUCGCAAUGAGCUCCACCUGCUACAACCCUUUCAUCUACUGCUGCCUGAAUCCCACCUUCCGCCAGGAGCUGCGGCUGCUCCUCGACAGGUGCCGACUGAGGCAGAGAGCGGCGGUCGGGUUAGAGCCCCAGCGAGGUCCCCCGGUUGCCUGUGCUCCAUGUCACCGAGCCGCCUGGCCUGACAACCACGAGUCCUCCAGGCCGAGCCAUGCUUUGUCACGCCCAGGCCAGGACUCCUUGCAACAGAGCCAUGCCUCCUCCAGUCAGAGCCACAACCUGAAAGACGCACAGGUGCUCUUCACGGCCAGGCAUCCCCUCACUGGGAAAACAGACAUCUUCUCAGUGGAGCCCAUUGUGGCUGUACGAUAACUAGAGACAGUUGCACUCUAGCUCAGCUUUAAACUUCUCCACAAGUUUCUUCUUAACAUGUCUGUUGUGUUCAUUGGUCUUUAUUAGGUUGUUUGUUCAGUAAUGUUCUCUAAAAACCCUCUGAGGCCUUCGAAGAACAUCCGGAUUUCUACUGAGUUGAAAUUAUGCACAGAUGGACUCCAAUUUACAAAUUAAGUGACUUCAGAAGGCAGACGGUUACACUGGAUCUCAUCUAGGAAUAUCUGAAGUAAAAGGGAAUGAAUGAAACUGCAUAUAGCACUUUCCCGAUAUUUAUUGUUAAAAAUAUUGAAUUGCCCUUUUUCUUCUACUUCACAUUCAUGCAUUGAAUUCAAGAGUGUAAAUAAGGAGUGCCGAACAAAAAUGCAUUGCACACUUAUUUGUAUUUACUAAAAACAUGAAAACCAUUCUCCUUUUUCCUUCUAUUUUAGAAUUAAGCACCACUUUGAUGUUUUGUACAUUUAUUCCACAAUGUCGGCACUUUGUUUAUAUAACACUCACACAGUCUUAGCGUUCAGGUGUAGCGUGGAAAAUGUCACAGCCAGACAGGGGUCGUCCUGUCAGAUCAUCAGUUCCCGAAACGACACUCUGUGUGGAGACUACAGACACAGUAAAAAACUUGUAGGGACCAAAUGACAUCAUCUCUUAAGAUUCUGAGAGGGAUAGACAAAGCCUUAUCAUGAGGUUAAUUCAGUGGGACUCCAUUUGGGACUUCGGGAUGGUUGGAAACUAUCUAUUUUUUAUUUUUGCUCAAACCUUUUUUUUCUAUGUAUACAGAGUUCCUCUGAGAUCUUAACAUAUUUUAAUAAAUCUAGAGCCAAAAAUGUAAGCCAGAAGUUUCCUGAAUGUGUUUUUUGCUAUAAUGGUGCUGGUAAAAAUGGAAAAUCAUAGAACAAACAAUAUAUAGGUCAAAAGAUGCUGUGAAGAAUAGACAUGGAUGUUUCAGUUGAACUUCUUGCAGAGGCGUCCAACAAAAAAGGACUUUCAAUACCAAGCUUAUUUUUUUCUGUGAAAUACAUACACACGCACACCCCCGCACACACACACACAAACACACACCCACACACCCACACAGAAAUUACUGCACUCCAUUUUUACUAUACUUUUGUUUACGUCUCUCACUUUCCAUAUUGCACAGGAGGCAUUUUCGCUAUUUUGCCACACAUUAUCACAAUUCAUCAACUGCGUUGCUUUAACACUUCCUCACCAUUACGUAUGAUGUUACAGCUUCUGUUAGUGUAGGUUAGGUGUCACAGCUAAAUCUUGUGUCAAUAGGUAGGAAUGUAGAUUACAUUGUGAGCAAUAGGACAUAAAAAUAUGCAACUACUAGCGUACCCUGUGUAUGAGGUCUGGAAAAACUGUAUCUGGAUUCCUUACUGUGAUAGUAAGACUUUCACUUUGAUAUUCAGACAAAGGUGAGAUAGACUCUUUCUGGAAACAGCCUAGUGCUAACCUUUUGGCAAAUCAGUCAGUCAAAUGAUAUAAAGGACUAAAGCAGCUGAAUCACAUAGAAGCACAUAUACACUUGGCACAAAAGGAAAGCAAAUUGUGUUUGUUUGAUUGCUUUUUUUGCUUUAACAAUGCCUCUUGGAUUUGAAAACCUCUACUUUCCCUUAAACGGUGUCACAAAAUGCAGUGGUGGGUUGAGCAGCAGAGAAUAAAUUAUGGGUUGUGCAGAUGAAAAAUAACUAAAUCAUUUUUGUUAUAACCAGACAACUUAUUCUGUAAUUCUCUAUUGGUUUGUUUCCAUUUCUUGAUUAGAUAAUUUCAGAAUGAAGAAACAAGACAAUGUAACAGUCUACUUAAAACCCAGGGGGCUCAGCAGUGCUUAGCCUUUCAUAAAUACCUCCAAGAUGCCAACAUCACCAAACUGGUAACCAGUUUGGUCAGCAGUGUUUAAACAAACUGGUGACCAGUUUGGACAAUCACUGCUGUGGGAUUACAUCCUGUUGUCAACCAGAUUUUGCAGGUCUGCUGGCAGAAUACUCUAUAAUCUCUCCCUCUUCAGUGUGGAGGCAUAGUUUCUGUCAAGCCGUGCUUUUCAGGGGUAAAAACUGGUAGCUUGGAGGACAGAGGUUGGUCUCUGAAUGAGAAGAUAUGAGUUGCACUGGUUGCAGAAUAUCAAGAAUGUCUCCCAUGAUGACAAGCCUUGAUUUUCCAGAGACAGAGAUGCCAUCUCAUACCUUCACACUGCUUUUCACCAAAAGCUCUUUUGUAUUGGCAGAAAGGAUUGGCGAAUUUCUUCACAUACUCAACUCUGCUGAUUAAAACACAAAUGCAUUUUCCUUUCAAAUGCGACACAAUCAAAAGGGAAAUAAACAAGCUUCCUAGCGAUUUAAAACUCACUGCCAAGAAGCACUGUUGGAAGGAAGAAAAUGGUUACCAAUCACAAAUAUGAAUGAUAACUCAGUAGAUUUAUGAAUAUGCAAAUCUUUUUUACUUUAAAUAUCAUUUAUUUUCCUUUUAUUUAGUUCUCUUUGGCUUUUAAAAUCUCAUUUUUUCAAACAAUA